UAUCAAGACAGGUUCAAAGUUCAAUAUUAGCCAUUGUAAACCAGUCACGGACUCAUAGUACGCUGGGUAAGGUAUCUGUAUAUAUCAGAACUAAUUGUUUCACUAAUCAUGAAAUUGUUGAUCAUCUUGGUACAUUGCAGCUCAGUUGAGGUUCUUACUUCUUAAGAGACAGCUAUGACUAUAUUACCAAAUAAGAAGUCCCAGGCAUCUGGUGGCAAUGAUAAUAAUGGUGCUGAAACUGCUAAUUCUGUUCGUUCAUCACACCAUGGACAUCACCAACAGUUGGCUUCAAGUAUACCUCCUCACUUGCAGUCUGUAAGCAAAGGAGGUGUUCAUGAAGACUGCAAUGCAUCACGUCAGAGCUCACAGAUUUAUGACGAUGACCAGUCAAGCGGAUCAGGGAGUUCUUCAGGCCUGGCUGGUCAUUCUAAGCGAAGAGCUUAUAGAACAAGUCCUCUCAGAAGCAUUCGACCCAAAUUACGAGACCAUCGUGUGGGAGGUGGCAGCGCUUCCCCAACAUAUGCGGGGGGGUUUUCUGUGAACCAGCAUCCCAUGUCACCACAUUCUCAUUCUCAUCAAAUGUCAUCCAGCUCAAAAAUAUCUCCUAUGCCUCCUCUCUCUCCUAAGGCUGGGCCUUCAUCUUGCAAUGCUUCUAGCCACGACGAUGAGCACCAGAGCGGAUAUAACAGCGGCGACGAGUACCAGCCCAUGAACUGGAACCUCUCUUCUCAGGAGUGGACUGAGAAAGAACGCUGGUUUGAGAAAAAGAUGAAGAAGAAAGGGCUCAUGAUCAAGAAGAUGCAGGAGGACGGGGCGUGUCUCUUCAGUUCAAUAUUUUCUCAACAGGAAGCUAACAAAGACAUGUUCUCGCCAUUUGUAUCUGAAGACUACCAGACUUAUGUAACUCGCAAGCGCCAGCUCGACGUCUUUGGCAAUCACGUUGAAAUUGCUGCCAUGUCUGAGAUGUACAACCGCGUCAUCGAAGUCUAUUGUUACAGCACUGAGCCAAUCAACAUAUUCCAAAGCUCAGUGGGUUCGGACAACCCAUGCAUUCGUCUGAGCUACCACAGCGGCACACACUACAACAGCCUCAUUGACCCCCUGAACCCCUCGUGCGGGGUGGGACUUGGUCUGCCUAACCUUGUGCCUGGCCUGGCUGACAAAACUCUCAUGAAGGAAGCAACACGCCAGAGUGAAAACCUUCACCUUGAACAGGCGAUGUUGGAGGACAAGUUGCGUGCGACGGACUACGAGGCGACGGCGGACGCCAUCGAGGAGCAAGUGGCCAGCGAGAGCUACCUCGACUACCUGCGCGACCUCGACAAGCGCAACAAGGCUCAGCACGUCGGUGCGUCGUCGAGCUCGAGUGUGCCGUCAGACUCGCGGUCGUCGCCCGCCCCUCCAGCGGCUCGUUCGUCGCCGCUGUCGUUGCGUGGGUCGCCCACUCACCGUAGCAGUCCCACCGUUCCCCAGGGCUGCGCCCACCACUCACCUCACCACUCCUUCUCCAGCCACUCGCGCGACUCUAAGAGAAGAACCAACUCUGCUAGAGGUUCAUCCUCUCCCAAGUGCAAGAAAGGCAGCCGUAGUUCUGGUAAGAGUAAAGGCUUCAAGAGCGGCACUGAUGUGGACAACGCUGUGCCAGGCCCUUCGAAGGACCCUUCGUUCUCCCCGACCGGAGCCUCUUGCUCAAGAGGCUUCGACGAGACCAGAGUGCACAACGAAGGCGACUUCGCUGUCGACGAGCGCGCCUCUUUCCUCAAUCACGUGCCUCAUGAUAUUUUAGGUUUGAGUGACUAUUCCCACGGAGAGCUGGACGUCCUGGCUCAGGUGUUGGCCCAGAGUCAGGAGGAAUACCUCAACAGUCUCAAGAAGGAAGCUGACAACAAAAGGUCAUCAAACUCGCCUCCUCUUUCAUUUGAUUCUCAGGCAGAAAUGUCUCAUUCAUUCUGUCUCAGCUCGUUAAUGCGCUCCUCACCAUCGCCCUGAAUGUGUGUCUCAGCGUGUCUCCGUACUCGGUUCCCUGGGGCGUUGGGUCUCGGUCAUUGCAUGCCUCUAACCAUACGUGAAAAAUUACCUGUUUGACAACUCACACUUGAAAAAUUACCCGCUUGACAAUCCGGCAUAUUUGACGUCAUAUGAGGAUGGAACAUUUAUUUUAUUAUUUACUAUGUUUCUCAGCUUCGUCUCUACAUACAAUAUUUGAUUCGAAGUCACUUAAUUUCUAAAUUCAGAAUAAAACAGCGAUAAAAAAGCCUUAGUAUUUUUUUGUGUGACAAAAAUGCUGAAUCAAGGAAGUUAACUAACAUUUGUUAUCAACGAAUAUCCUUCAUUAUAAAUUAUCUGUUUGCAUUGUGCAAAGUAAUAAUUGACUCGUACAAAAAUUAGAUGGAUGUUCUUUACCAUUUAUGUAAGUUGACGCGGUUAAUAUCAAGGCUGAUUUGUAUUGCGUUCGCUAUAUUCACUACGCUUCCUUAAUGGUCAUUCAUAAAUAUAUAUUCAGACUAAUUUAAAAUAAAUUUGAAAAAUCUAUUGAUGUGUUCUCAAUGAGCGAACUAUUGCAUACAAUUUAACGGUAGAUUAUUUCCUAGGGUGGUAGGUUCACUUGCCGAUUUCGCAGUUUCAAAGCUAGGAAUUUCUUAGCGUUUUCCCAAUUGUGAAAGUUUAUAAUAUUUUCCUGAUGUGCUCCAAUUCACAGAAUUUGAGAAGCCAUGCGAGUAAUUUUUAAGACUCUGAUUGUAAUGAAUGAAUGCAAACUUUGGGUAUACAGUAGCUAGAAGAAUCGUUUGACGAAAUUCAGCACUAACAAACUAUACUUCUACAAUCCAGUACAUUAGAAUGAAUAACUUUUAUACUAAAGAUGAGAUGAAGUAGUUUCCCCUUACUUGGAAAAGUUAUUGCAUAUAGCGGGGAGGAUGGUGCAUGGUUUUGUGGUGAAAUUAAUGCAUCUUUGGAUUGAGGAAAUCUUAGUUGAAUUAAGAUUGAAAAUUGGCAAGAAAUUUCCUCAAGUUGUUCAUAUGUUCAUUAAACGGUGAUUCGCGCGCACGUUCAUUACUUAGUCCGUUCCCAGGAAAUAUAUUAAGGAUGCAGACGCGCACAUGCCUCUUGUAUUUACUUGUUCAGAACUUUUUUUCCUGAGUAACGGACGCGACGGGAAAUCUGUCCCGUUCAAUUUGUCUUAUUUACUCUUUGCGUAUUUAUAAGUUAAAGACACCACACUGACGAGGGAAGAAAUGGUGCUGUUUUGAAGUAGAAUUUGUAGUGCAAUCAAAAAUGUUUAGAUUCUUUGUACGGUGAUGGUUGUUCAUUGAGAUUUAUAUGUACUAUUUGCGCUGAGUCACAUGCAAAGUUUUCUUGCUAUUUGUUAAUUAUUGUAGAUUUUACAUGAAAACGUAUGAUUUAGUUCAAAAUUAGUCAUAUUGUCAAAGAACUCAUCAUUUCGAUGCGUAGAAGUUGGUCUGAUCAAAUGUUACAUUUGAAGUCACUUCGUUAAUGAGAGUUUGUCUUUGCUAAAUUCUUCUCGCGAGCUCCACGUACGAGUAUACGAUCGCAGAAUAAUGGAGCGCUAAAGACUUAGGUUUAGGUUCGUAUAAAUCCUAGUUGCUGCUUUCAUGUUGCAGGUGGGGUUUCUGUUCGGAAAUGUACUGCAACAUUCGCUUGUCUGGACAUUAAGGCUUUUUUUUCUUGAUUAUUUAUACUUAUCGGUUAUAGUAUUGUUCUCUUAUUAUGUAUUGUACUUUUCUUUCUGUUCCAAAUUUAUUUUGUUGGAAGAUCAAGUCUUGUGUAUUUUGAGUGUUACUUGUUGUAAGUUAUUUUAGGACCAUAUUUUAGUAUGAAGAUGAAACAUAAACAACGUAUCUUAUUCUAUCCCUAUUGGCAGAACUUAUCAUGAACAUAUUUAAUAUCUCAGACUAAGAUUUUGAUUGAUAUCAUAAAUAGGCUGACCUUUAU